ACGCAAUCAGUAAGCGACGGCAAACUAAUGAGAUGGAUUGUUUGAUCACACAAGUGAGAGUUGUUUGUUAUCGCUGAAACUUGUUUGACGAUUGCAGAAAUGUGCUUCUUCCUUGGCUUGUAAGGGGUAACCCCUGAGAAGGACCUCCAAUCGCCACCCUCUAAGACUUCAGUCUGAAGCUGUCGACUACCUGGCCAGCCAGGGUGCAGGUUAGCUGGGCGAUAUGGGCAAAAAUAUUGCAAUAAAUUGCCUGAAUUGGUGCGAUAUCGAUAAGUAGAACGAUACAUUUAUAACAUUAAUGUGCACAACAGUUUUGUUUAUUUUUAUAACCUUUAAAGUACUAUGUACUAUGGUUGUAGCCAUCAAUUGUCCCAUUAACAAUCACCCAUAUUUGCACAUUUUAUUUCACUUCAAACUUAACAUUUCUCAUGUGUUUAAUGAAUGAUGUCAGCAAAAUGCCUGCGGUAAGUGAUCAGUAUGGUCGGUGGCGAUAAUUUUCUGUUUAUCAUCCCAGCUCUAGUCCAGGGUCCUUAUCCACCCACAACUCAGGCAGAAAGUCCAUCUACUGGGGGGUCCCUGGUUCAGUGCCCCUGAGGGCUGGGACCAGCACUCUGGGCCAGAAGCAGCUGUGAAGGGAUGGGGUAGUAGCUGAGGACAGAGCCAUGGUUCAUAACGUCUCAGUCCCCCAAACACCAUCGCCGGCACUGGUGGGCACCAAUGGCCGCUCCUCUGGGAGGAAGAGGACACCGAAGGCAUGUGACUGCUGUGGGCCAAACUCUAAGCACCACAAUGGGAAGGACCCACAUGGGAAGACUCCAGGUGGCAAGCCCAGACAACGCAGGGCCCAUUUGGGGAAGGGCAGGGGCCAGGCCCUGGGGGAGACCCCCAAGAGGACGGGUGGUCACCACUCUUCUGAGAAGACCCAGAUGACAGAGGAGCAGGUAACAGCCAUCCGACAGCUGGCGAACGACUCAGUUGUGGGGGAGGUAACCAACUCCUUGGCUCCAUUUGUAACCAGCUCUGUCGGUCAACCUGUAAUGAAUGUUGUGGCUCCAUUUGUAACCAGCUCUGUCGGUCAACCUGUAAUGAAUGUUGUGGCUCCAUUUGUAACCAGCUCUGUCGGUCAACCUGUAAUGAAUGUUGUGGCUCCAUUUGUAACCAGCUCUGUCGGUCAACCUGUAAUGAAUGUUGUGGCUCCAUUUGUAACCAGCUCUGUCGGUCAACCUGUAAUGAAUGUUGUGGCUCCAUUUGUAACCAGCUCUGUCGGUCAACCUGUAAUGAAUGUUGUGGCUCCAUUUGUAACCAGCUCUGUCGGUCAACCUGUAAUGAAUGUUGUGGCUCCAUUUGUAACCAGCUCUGUCGGUCAACCUGUAAUGAAUGUUGUGGCUCCAUUUGUAAACAACUCUGUCGGUCAACCUCAACCUUUAACGGACUCUAUGGGUCAGAAGUUAACGUACACUGUGGUUAAACUGGUGACCAAGUCUGUGGUUCAACCUGUAACAAACUCUGUGGUUCAACCUAUAAUGAAGGCUGUGGUUGAGCAUGUUCCUGAUUCAGAGAUGGAGCAGGAGAAUGGUUGUGGUUUAGACAAACAGCCGGUAACCGACUCUAACACGGAGGUCAUGAAGCAGCCCCAGGCUGGUGACGCAGCUGUCACCCUUUCCAACGGUACAUCUGCUGUGCCCAACGAGGAACCAACAGACUGUAGCGCCCCUAUGGAGGUGGAACCAUCAGCCACAGCCUGUGUUUCCCCAGGCAUUAUGUUAUGCAGCACCCUCCACCCCUUCACUCUGUGGGACCACAGAGAUUACUGUGAGGUGGGAGUGUGGGCUCCAAGCCCUGAGCCAGAGGACGACUGUGUCUCAAACCCAGCACAGCAACCCAACCCUGAAGACAACAUCCAUGAAGUAAUCAUAGACCUUAUACAUGAGUUCCUGGCGUUCUUCCAUGUGAGGUACGGGAGCUUUAUCCCCCUCAGUGAGACUGACAUCCUGGAGCAUCUGAAGAACAAGUGUAACACUGACCUCCAUGACAAGAAGCUAAACAUCCACUCAGAAAUGAUGAAGUAUAAAGCGGGUCUCGCCUCCACCCCUAUGAAGUGCUUCAAAGUGGACUACAACAAGCACACUCUGACCCUGGAGGACCUGUCCACACUGGAUGACCAAAACUGGGUCAACGACCAGGUGAUAAACAUGUAUGGAGAAUUGAUCAUGGAUGCUACACAGAACAAGGUUCAUUUCUUCAACAGCUUUUUCCACCGGCAGCUGGUGGCCAAAGGCUACGAAGGGGUUAAGAGAUGGACCAAAAAGGUGGAUCUGUUUUCUAAGAGGCUGUUGUUGAUUCCUAUCCACCUGGAGAUUCACUGGUCCCUGAUCACAGUGGACAUAGCCAACCACCACAUCCACUAUUAUGACUCCCAGGGCAUCGUCUUCAAAUACACCAUGGAGAACAUCCUGACUUAUAUCCUGGCUGAGGCCGAGGAGAAGAAACAAGCUGCAUAUCAGAAAGGCUGGAAGACGAUUAUAAGCAAGGGUAUUCCUCAACAGAAGAACGACAGUGACUGUGGAGUCUUCAUCUUGGAGUACUGCAAGUGCCUGGCAUUGAAAGAGCCACUGCAGUUCACACAGAACGACAUGCCGAAAGUCCGCAAGAGGAUUUACAAAGAGCUCUGUGACUGUAAACUGAAUGACUGAUCAACCGCAGUGUCCCAGCUCUAGAGAGAGUACACCUGCCUUUCCACUGGACCGUGGGCUUUAACGACUGUUAUUGUGGAAGGGCCAUUAAUACUCUAAAACAUGACGAGCCAAGAAGCUGAAUGAAGCACAGUGGAAACGGACACGUUGUUUGACUUAACGACACAGAGACGGUGAAAACAACCAUCUGUCCUUCAGUAGAGGUCCAGCGUUGGGACUUGUUUUUAUAUUCCUUGAUAAUGAGAGGCACUUUUGAAUUUCUUUUGAGUUGACGUUCAAAGUUUCCACUGCUGGCUGGCUGACUGACUGGCUGGCUGGCUAGCUGACCUGGAGCGAACUCUGCUGGUAGGUUUGAAACCGGUAAUGGACCUAUCCGUGUUUAUAACACGUUUCCUAGCUUCAGUUGUUAAACUGUAAACAGGAGAUUAUAUGGGACAGUAGGUGACACUUGAAGGUUCUAGUUUUAUAUCAUGUUUGCCUGACUAGUAGAGAACAAUAACUCAUCGAAGGCUAACGUUUAACUGAAUAUACUGUUUUAAUGUUACUUCAUCUCGAACCGCUUCUUAGUUCUGGAGAAACUCCACGUUUUGGCAUCACAAACAGCAGUUUGUUAUCAGGGAGUUAGUUAUGAUUAACCAUCAUGAUGCUCCACUCAGAAUGGCUUCAUGAAAACACACACCUCUUCCUGCUUCUGUUGAAAAUAUGCUGUUAAAACAAUGUGUAUUUUGACAUUUUAGUGUACUGAGAAAGAAUGUAAUGCUACUGCUGUAGAACCGUUUCUAAGCCUUUUAUUGUAUGAGGGGCCCGGCCCACUAUGGUCAUCUUCUCACCCAUCUGAGGGGCCCGGCCCACUAUGGUCACCUGAGGGGCCCGGCCCACUAUGGUCAUCUGAGGGGCCCGGCCCACUAUGGUCAUCUGAGGGGCCCGGCCCACUAUGGUCAUCUUCCUCAUUGGAGGAUCACCCAUCUGAGGGGCCCGGCCCACUAUGGUCAUCUUCUCACCCAUCUGAGGGGCCCGGCCCACUAUGGUCAUCUGCCUCAUUGGAGGAUCACCCAUCUGAGGGGCCCGGCCCACUAUGGUCAUCUUCUCACCCAUCUGAGGGGCCCGGCCCACUAUGGUCAUCUGCCUCAUUGGAGGAUUACCCAUCUGAGGGUGCUGGUCCACAGACCGUUUGUAAUUGAGAAAAUGCUGCUGUAGAAAUUGCUGAAUCCCAUCUAUACUAUCUGUCAUUAAUGCACAUUUGAGCCCAGUGUAUACCUGGUGCUGACAUAUGCCUUUUGUGUUGUCCACAUUUUUAAGACCGGUGUAGAUGAUUAAAAUGUCUGGAUAUCUA